CAAUCGAUUGUAGGGAUACUAGUAGGCCGUCGCCCUGGACUGAUGCAGCAGCAGCAGCCAGCUAAACACCCUGCGUUAGUUAUACCGAGAGCAGCAAACUCGAGCCUAUGUUAUGGCUGACGAGGAAGAUCGUGAUUGCAGCGACAAGCUGCCGUUCGCCUUAGCUGUUCUUCUCCUGUUUGGUACGAGUGGCCUUUAUUUCUACUUCACUUGUCCAUACCUAUGGAAGGAAAUCUCUCUGGCGAUACCCAUAGUGGAUGCCGUCCUGUUCAUUGUGGCAGUAUCUGCGUUCGUCUUAGCCUGGCGGACCGAUCCUGGCGUAUAUGAGAAAGUGGAGGGAGAAGUCCGCACUAGCCUUCGCAAUGGUCUCUACCAAGAUGCGAAUGUCCGUGGCUACGCUGUACAGGUGAAAUGGUGCGAAACAUGUAAAUUCUAUCGGCCGCCAAGAUCAUCUCACUGCAGCUCCUGCAAUAACUGUGUAGAGGAAUUUGAUCACCAUUGUCCAUGGGUAGACAACUGUAUUGGGCGGCGCAACUAUAGAUUCUUCUUCACUUUCCUGUCCUCUCUCAAUCUCCACGCGCUGAUUGUAAUUGCAUCAUCCUCGACAGCACUGUCACUAGGCAAAAAUAAUGAGGAUUUUAAAGGAGUUAACCUAUAUGGAACUAUAGCUGUACUUGCUAUUGCCAUCAUAAUAUUUUGCUUGAUCUUUGGGCUUCUCUGCUUCCACAUCUUCCUGGUCUCCAAAGGCAGAUCAACUAAUGAACAGGUUACCGGGAAAUUUAGUAAAGGACAGAAUCCGUUUGACGACAAAUGCUUUCAAAACUGCCUCCGUGUUUUCUGCACACCGCGUCGACCGCAAUAUCGUGGCUUUGAAGAUGACAUAGCGAAGAUAGCAGAGCGUAAACGAGACAGGCUCUACUCCGAGAAGGCGCUCAAUGCCUUGCCGAGUGGUGUUGGUGAAGAUAUGCCCUUGGAUAGAAUACGUACGGAGAGCACAACGGAAGAAAUGGUCACGUUGCGUGAUGGGCGAUUAGCCUUUAUGUCCAGAACGUAUUUGAGUACGGAAAGAGGUGACAUGGCACAUACACCACCUAUGGCCAAUGGCCGCACACCAGUGAGUCCUUCUAUAUCAUCAGCGAAUGGCUCGAUUUCGAUUUCAGAGGCAAGAAAGGAUUCUGUGAACCAGUCUCAUUUGGAAAACUACAUACAAGCUAUCAGCCUCUAGCCCAGGACAAUGUGGCAACAGGCUGCAAUCGGACCUACUCGGAAGUACAACUGACUCGGAUUUUGUAAUUUGCUUUAUCUGCAUGCUUGUGCGCUGUAGUGGGUGGCUUGGAAGCCGCACACGAAAACACCAGGACUCAGAUGGCGCACGAAAUAUUUCCCGUGGUGCGUUUGAUUUCCUGAGUUAGCUGCCAACACCUCCGGUGUCAAAUUAGACCAGGCACCAUGAACAGUGGAUCAUUUACACUAUUAUAGGUGUGCCUGUAUAUGUUACGACUGUGCCGCACACUGUCCUAGUUUCCCGUUCUCAUAUUAAUAUAGAAUUAUUAGGUGACCAGUCUGCCUCUGACACUGUACAGUACGGUGUACCAACGAAAGAAUCGCUGCCAACUUGUGACCCCGUACGUACAAUAUUGACUUGCUUGAUGUAGCAGGGUACACGCUCUACACAUACAUGUGGAUCUGCAAGUAACCGUCUAUCAUUCAACUGACUUAUUUUCUAAGGUAAUGAACUGCCGUAGCUACUAUUAUUAUCUUCCCAAAAACUCACUCUGAACAGUACUACUUUAUCAAUGAUACGGACUUUGUGUGCCAAUGUCUUUUUUUCUUAUACAUAAUAUGUAUAGUGUGUUCCGGUACUCGGAUUAUAUUUGUAUGCAUACAUGCCAACGUACCAGCAGUAACGUGACAGUUUAGUUCAGAGUGGUAUUUUUUUACACCCUGGUCUAGUUAGUAAGAAAGUUAGACAAGCGUAGACCAGCCCAGAACGUUUCUAGUUGUAGUGCAUGGCUGCUUUAGUUUUGUUCUUGUUUGCUGGUCGCUUUCCGUUUCUUACCCUCCUAUGUAUGAGCUUCCGUCUUCUCUUUAGAUAUUACUUUCUGGUGGUGUACUUCAGCCAGAUACUGCGUUUGUAGGGGGCAUUUUGAAAUAGAAAUCAUUGUGCAUGCACGCUCAUGCGCAACUUGAACUGCAUUGUUUUCUAUGA